AUGGAAUAUGCGAUAGAACUGGAUGAGACUUUACUGAAUAUUUCAAGGAAACUAUUGGACAAUGGGAUUUCUGAAGCUAAGAGGGCUCGCGGCUCCGACGGGGCGUUUGACGGAUUUUUUUCAAAGCACAUAAUUGAGACCUUUAAGCAAAUAUCUAGCAGGAACCUAAUACACGUGUACCCGAAAGUGGGUGGAACGCUCUGCAAAUUAGUUAAUCAGAUUGUUACACACCGCGAUUUCUUCGAACGCGCGAAUCGGUCGGACAUAGCGAGGCUAUGUUUUUUGGCCAAGGCAUUACUGGACACGGCGUUUAGCACGGACAAGGCAUUUAACACAGACACGGGCAACCAUAUUAAUGGGUUUAUCGAAAUAUGGAGCAAGACGAUGGUGACAGUGCUGAAUUGCAUAGGCAUAUUCAUAAAAGACGCAAAGGCGCUGUUUAUAAACGAUAUUUACAAAUGCCUCAGGGUGAUAAUGGGCGCUUCUGGAAAAACUUCUGGGCAAGGAGGCGCUACGACUCACCAAUCCUUCGGCGGACUUUUCAAUUCGAUAGAGGCCAGCACUGGGACACAUCUGAAAGACGUAAAGGUUUCCGCCUCUGAGUGUUCAGUAAGAAUGCUCACCGCGCUGCUAUUUCAUAGCCAGGAAGAUUUUGGCGGCCACGGCACAGAGCGCUCUGGGGAAUUACUCUCCAGAAUGUGCCUCGAAUCAUCUCCCGCAAUGACGGCGGCCCUUCUUCUCGGCCUACACAAAUUUACACUGUCGCAAGAUGCCGCGCACGGCCUGCUGCAACUGGCCAAUAGGCCGCUGUCCGCCAGGACGGCGGAAGCGCUCGUAGAGCUGGUCUAUAAAAACGUCGAUUCUAUAGCGAUCUGCCCCUUGUUGUCGUUUUUGAAACGAAUUCGCCCCGCACCUCCGAAUUUACUGCCGCUUCUACCGGCCCUCGGGUCAGCCGCCGCCACAGCCGCCCCCCACCCGGGCCCCAGCCGCCCCUUGCCCAUGCCCGUCUUCAGGCGCCUGCGGCACUCGCUGGACUGGCCUGCGCUGCUAGAGUCCCUCAUACGGGGCGGGGACUUCGCGCCCGACAUCUCCCUGGCCAUGUCCACCUAUGGCAUUGGGCGCCUGGAUGCGCAGCGGUUUUGCAGCUACCUGGAGCGCCACCUCGCGGCGAACCCCACGCUGGACGUCAUGUCGUCCGUUUUCCACGUAAUUCUUCGCCGCAAGGAGGAGGCGCUGCUCAGCCCCCUGGCCGCCUCGCUCGAGGCGGGGGCGCUGGACCCGCCGGCCCUGGCGGGCGCGUAUGUUGUGCUGGCGUCAGCCGGCGCCCCCGCCGGGGGCAGCCCGCCAGACCCUGAAUUCACGCGCCACAUCAACCAACAACUGCUCCUUCACUCUCCUCUAGACCCUGAAUUUACGCGCUACAUCGACCGGCGACUGCUCCUGCACUCCAACUGCAGGAGCGGGGGAAUUGAGCUUACGCCAGAGCCGCCGUCGCCCUACGCCGUCCCCAUGUACUCGGACAGGCCCUUCAUAGAAGAGCUGGCGCGGCUCCGCAGCAGGCGGGGGCUGCACGGCCACGCGCUAAAUCGCGGAGGCGCCGCCCCCGCGGCGUAUGCCCAGGCCGUGGAGCCGACCCAAACCACCCUGCGGGAAUUUCUGAAGCGUACUAUUUUUUUCUACGCCACCGAGGAAAGUUAUGACGCCUGCGCGUCCCUGGACGGCGCAUGCUGCGUCUUGGCGCCCCCCCUGCUGCCCCUGGUAGCGGUUAGGAUCGACUUUGGCGCCCCCCCCCUCCGGGCCGCACCCUUAGACGACGACCUGGCGAACAUGUAUGAGAAGUCCUGCGGCGGAGACGCAGAGGCGCUCGGACGCCUAUCCCAACUCUGCGCCCAGACCGGCGCCACCCUGUCGCACCUGCUCCUCAGGGCCUCCGGAUACCAGGUCUACAGGCGCUUGGCCCGCCAUACAAGCAGCCCACCCGCAAAACCUUCCAGUUGCAGGUUCCCCCCCAACCAGCUGCUGGUGGACGCCGUCAAGCCUUUCCCUCGGAUGAACCACAUCUGCAGGCUGAUAUCGGGCGAACAGGCGCUGGCGGAAGCGGCACGACAGCUCGUCGACGGGCACACAAUAACACACAGCCACGAUUCUCCACCAAAAUACGACUUGAGCGCCCUUUUUCACCGCCUGCUCACGCAUGCACCCACCGAUAUCGGAGACGUCGCCAAAAUGCUGGGAAAAUGCGGCUUGACGGUAAACAGAGACACGAUCAUGUUGUCGCUCUUCCCCGUCUUUUCAAAGCUCAUGUUCGACGAAAUCAAGGAUGGCGCCGCUGGAGAUUUGGCUCUGGGAGUCACCGGACUACGGCUCGCCAUGCAGGCCUGGGGCCUUGAUGCAGACCUCUGGGACGUGGUCUUCUACCCCGCGCUAGAUCUGAUCACCGGCCUGGCGACAAUGAACCCGCUGUGUUACCCGGCGUUCUCAACGCUGCUGCGCGAUAAAUUCCAGCUACCCGCGCCGGGGAAGCCCUGCCGCUACGCGCAGUGCGGCGCCUACACCGACGGAGGCAGCCGUACAAACGGUAGCCGGAUAAACUCACCCAUCUCAGACAAAUUUGCAAUGUGCCAAUGCCACGCGACGCACUACGUAAAAAUGGCCCUCAAGCUCCUGGGCCUGCUCGUCGGCGUGGCCAAGGACGCUGUACACAAAUUCACCUACUCUGUGGUUGGGGCCCUGGAGCAGAUUAUGACCUGCAGUCGCGGUGGUACGGAGCUGGAGCUCCUGGCGGCAGGCGUAUUUGCGGCCCUGGAGGGCCAGGCCCCGGCAGGUCGGGGCCAGGGGCUGGCGAUCGGCUACUGGAAGCAGAUGCUCGCGGGAGGGGCCGGAGAAAAAGCUACCUUUCCCCAGAUCGCGGAGUCGCUGCUAGCUAGCAGCGGAAACGAAUACGAGAUGAUCGCGCUUACUCAGCUCCUACUGCGAGCAAUUAGAAGCGACCCCUCGGUACUCCAGGAAGGCGACACCUGCUCCGCGAUACGCCGCCUGCUGCUGCGCCACCUGGCGGGGGGCGUGCGUCCGGGACGCCUAUCCAGAAAUACCCUGCUGCUGCUCGGGUUGCUGCCUGGGGAGGUCCCACCCCUGCCGCUGCGGACGGACGGCCCGGAAGGGAUCGACGGGGAGAAGGGCGGAGCGGCACUGCCGGAGGCCACCAGACUGGCGCACUAUCUGCUGACGGACGUCGUGGCCCCGCACGUCGCCUCUAAGGUGGGCGCCCUCACGGCGCAGAGGCUGCUCUCGCUGCUGGGGUACGCCGGCGGGGACGGCGUCAUGUACCCGGGCUGCAGCCUGGGGGCAGCCCGGCGCUUCGAACGCUACUUUGGGGCUCUGCCCCAGCUCAAGCCCUUCACUGCCAGCCAGUACCAGUGCACCCGGGGCAUGGACAUGAACGAGGACGGCCUGCGCGCCGCUGCAGAGAGCGAUAUCCAGUACUUCAUCUGGUGGUUGCUGCGCAUGUUACCCGGCGCGAAGGACGGGACAGAAGGGACGGACGGGGGCAAUUUGCUCGCAGUGUUCAGGUGCUGCGACCUGGGCAUGUGCGGGAUACCAAAGCUGGCCUCGCACCUGCUGCCGCGCAUGGUGCGACUCGCCGGAGAAUCGCUCCUCCCAGAGAUCGCGGCGGUGGCGACCGCCCUGCUGCGGCGUUUGGUCGCGGAAAGGAAAUCUGUGCUCCAUGUGCGGGCGCUGCUGGGCAUUGUCACCCCCUGUCCGGCUGUCGCCCCGGGUCCGGAUAGCGUGGAGUGCACACUGCUGCGGGCGAGCGCGUCCAUUUACUGCGGGGACUACGCCUGCGGGGUCUACCUACUGGAGCGCAUGCUCACCUACUCCCCCCGCUCGUUCAGUUUUACUGACCCUGGGGCGUCCCUCAGCGGGCCCACCGGCCGCAGGGCCGCGCUCCUGCUGGCCCGAGCCUUCCGGAGCCUCGGGGACACGCCCUCCACGUUAGCCCUCUUGGCCCUGGGCAGCGCUGUCAGUGCUGACAGCGCCGGUUUUCCUGACACUGUCAGGGCUCCUGACAGCACUGCCGAGCUGGUCAAGCUGGUGCUAAAGGACAGGCCUACGGAGGCGCUGGCCAGCUACCUGGCGGCCGGCGCCCCCGCACGGCCCUCUUUCCUGCUCUUCCGCAUUGGGCAGCGGCUCCCGCUAGAGCAGGCCGGGCUCUUCUUCAGCUCUAUGCCGACGCCUCCCGCGCUGACCGAUUACUCCAGGGGGGACGCGCUUGAGGCCUGCUGGAGGCUCCGCAACUGGGACCUGAUGGAGUCCAUGGCUGGGGUGGAUUCCACGGUUGGGGUGGAUUCCACGGUCGGGGGGCCCACGGCUGGCAUGCCUGGGGGAGGGGGGUGGCUGGACGUUUUGUGCGACGACGCGGUGGAGCGCAGCUUCAAGGCAAACUAUGCAGGCAUCCUUUUUCAGUUGCGCAGGGGGAACGAGGGCCAGUCGGUGUUUGCGGAGGCGCUGGACGACCUCUUCGAGCCGAUAAGUUCCUGCAUUUGGGGGUGCAUGGAUUCCUCCAGCGAGUCGGACGGGUUUGCCUUGGGAGUUCUGCUGGACAAGCUCAAGCGCCUGGCCUCUGCGUACGUCGUCGGGGGCGUGGCCAGGGACGUGGGGUUAGCGGAGCGCCUCUUUUCGCGGUCUCUUGGCGAGGUGGUCCCCUUUUUGCGCGCGGCGCUCGAGUGCACGGGGCGCGUGUCCGAGUCCGUUCAGCUCUCGCUGCAGCACGGGUGCCGGGAAGGCAUAGGGGACCUGUACAAUAUGGUGCUGCGGGUCGAGCACCAGCUGCCCCCGGGGCUUGUCUGCGCCGUGGCCUGCCAGUACGGCUGCCACCUCGUCGAUUCUGCGCCGCAGGGGGAGUCGGAGGGCGUGAGGCGGGGCCUUUCGCUCCUGGAGAAGCUCGCGGAAGCGGAGCGGGGCGGCCCGGCGUUCCGGGAGUACGUCUACCGCUGCGCCCGGCUCAAUGCCCUCCACCCGAGCGUGACUAUCCCCCUCUUUAGGGAGGCCAUCGAGGGCGCCUCGAGCAGGUCGACCCUCGAGUACGCGAGGUACCUAGACAGCCUGAUUGACGUGAAGCUGUCGAACGCAUAUGCCGUCAAGAUCGUGGACGCGGAGGGGGGGCAGAAGCUCGUUGGUCUAACGGGGGUGACUGCGGGCAUGUCAUUCCUUCAGCUUCUCGAGGAGACAUUUAAAAUGUACCUGCGGUCGAUUUCUAGUUGCUCUGCUGACCACUGCUCACUGGUGUUUAUUUUGAACAGGCUGAUUAGCCUGGCGUGCGUGUUUUGCACGCCCAGAAGUCGCGACCUUUACCAGAACAUUUGGUUCGACGACAAGUGCUGCGCGUUUUUUUACAGCACUAUCGUGGGGGUAUUUAGGGGCCUGGCGCCGGACGGGGGCGCCGGUUGCUGGUAUAACGUGUUGCCGCAGCUGAUUAGCCGCUCCAGGCACGCCCUGCUCGGCAAAUCCCUGUUCCAGCCCCUUAUUCGGGGGGUACAGGCAUUAUUUCCGAGACAUUCUUUGUGGCACAUUUUGCACCGCCAGGAGAUCGGGCACGCCCCGCCCGAGCAGUUUCAAGUCUACUCCGUUUACCGGGGCCUGUUUGACGAAUUGGCCGUGCUGGCCAUGGACGCAACUGUGUACAGGGACGGGCGGGGAGGCGACAUCAGGAGGAGGUACCCCGGCCUGUGGGACCUUUUCCAGAGCCCCAAGUUCACCCGCGCGGGCUUGGUUUCACCCACUUCGUCUCAGAUGACGUUUUCCGCGGUGAUGCGCGCGGUGGAAGCGGGCGAACAUGACUACAUUGCUUUGUUAUGUGGCGAGAUUCAUAUUUUACCUUCCAAGCAGCGGCCCAAAAAGAUCACUUGGGUGACUUUUAGGGGGUUUAGGCACUCCUGGCUCGUCAAGCACGAGAGCAAAGGUGACCUGAGGAAGGAUUCGCGAAUGAUGGAAAUAGUGGCGCGUACGAACGAGCUUUCUGGCGCGGGGACGGUGCCGACCUUUUCAGUGUACCUGCUGAGCGAAAAGUGUGGCGUUAUCGAAUGGAUUGAGAACAUGCAGACCUUUGGGUCGGCGGUUAGAGAGGACCUGAAGGCCCUUGCCCUUAACGAGCGCAAGAUAAGUGAAUUGCAGAGGAAGUUUGUCAAAUCCGUGGCUGCAGGCGAGUUUGCCCGCAGCCACAGCUUAUUUUGCGGGGAAAUACUCCCGCUCAUCCCCCCAGUGCUGCACAGGGUCUACAUGCAUUGGUUUGGCAGCGACCCCCUUAAAUGGUACAGGAACAGGAUGUCCUAUACGCAUUCUACCGCUAUGUGGUCCAUCCUGGGGUUUGUGGUCGGGUUGGGGGAUCGCCACGGCGAUAACCUGCUCCUCAGCAAGGCCACGGGCCAAGUCAUGCACGUUGACUUUGACUGCCUCUUUGGAAAGGGCCUGAAGCUAGCCAUCCCAGAACUCGUCCCGUUUAGGCUCACGCAAAACGUCAUCUCGGGAAUGGGCAUUUGCGGAGUAAUGGCGGAAUCCCCCUUUGCCCAACAUGCCCUGCACGUGCUCGGAAUGCUGCGGCGCGAACGGAAACACCUAAUGUCCCUCCUCCUCUGCUUCGUCUUCGAUCCGCUGAUCGAGUGGGAAAGAACUGGAAGGGAGGCGGGGGUAGAAACGGGCCAGUGCGUGACCAGACAAAUUGAGCACAAACUAAAGGGAGCGGUUAACUUCACGUGUCUAACGUCUACUUCUGCGCUAGAUUCCCAUCCCACCGUCGCGGAGCCCGCGGUACAGGGCCUUGAGCCCUCCAGGCAGUUAGAGCUGCUGGUAAACACCGCCACCUGCAGCCACAACCUGUCUAGAAUGUUCGUGGGCUGGGCGCCCUGGCUGUAG